AUGUCCUUUUCUACUCUCUACAACACUCUUUUCAGAAGAAACUCGGUGUUCGUCGGUACUAUCUUUGCGUCUGCAUUCGUCUUCCAGACUGCAUUUGACAGUGGCAUUACCGCCUGGUACGAGAAGCACAACAAGGGUAAGUUGUGGAAGGAUGUCAAGCUACAGCUGCAAAACGGGGAGGACGACGAUGACGACGAGUAA